AUGGAAGAAAGUUCCAGUUCUCCUGUUUCCCCUGUGGAUAGCUUGGGGACCAGUGAAGAGGAGCUGGAAAGGCAGCCAAAGAGAUUUGGCAGGAAGAGGAGAUACAGUAAGAAAUCCAGUGAAGAUGGCAGCCCCAACCCAGGCAAGAGGGGGAAAAAGUCCAGUCCCAGCUCCCAAUCUUAUGAAGAACUCCAAAGCCAGAGGAUCUUGGCCAAUGUCAGAGAGAGGCAGAGGACUCAGUCCCUCAAUGAAGCCUUCGCAGCCCUGAGGAAAAUCAUCCCUACGUUGCCCUCUGACAAACUCAGUAAAAUCCAGACUCUCAAACUCGCAGCCAGGUACAUAGACUUCCUCUACCAGGUCCUACAGAGCGACGAGAUGGACAAUAAGAUGACAAGCUGCAGCUAUGUGGCCCAUGAGCGGCUUAGUUAUGCCUUUUCAGUGUGGAGGAUGGAAGGAGCUUGGUCCAUGUCUGCCUCCCACUAG